AUGCCCCUUUUAUGGAUUUGCGCUGUGCCCGAGCAGUCCCAGCGGCUUCGGUGCAGCAGCAAAAAAAAUGGAGUUCGGAUGCGACUACGGCUUCCAGAUGGAGGCGCCUUGGCUGCCAAACUAUCUAAUGCAGGUGCCCCAGCGGUCAGCGCAACGGGCAGGUUGGCCAAGGAGUAUUCUAUCGUAGGGAUUGUAGAUGCUGUUCCAGGAGAUGUUUGCGGAUCCCCUUUGGAGGGCUCACCGGGCGCACAGUCCGUUCAAGAAGUUCGAAUUUGGCAGGAAUACUACAAUUUCCCCUUGGAUGGGUACACUGUGCUCGCACGCCGCGCUUUCAAGUUCGAGAAGCCCCUUCAAGUAUCAGCUUUUUACCCAUCGCUCGGCAGUGACCCCGUGGAUAUGGACCACAAUAAAAACUCAGGGGCCCCUUUUUUACCAUUUCUAUACGUGGACGGUGAUGUCGGCUCUCUCAGGGGUCAUGUCAAUGGAGAGUUGAGUUCGCAGAGUUCGUUGUCAGAGGCGCUCGUUGAGUGGGGGUUCGAAGACGUCAGUUGGGAAAACAUUUUGGCCAGUGUUGUCGUGGAGCCAAUAUCGUGGAUGAUAUUGCACAGGAAGUGGUGUUCGAUGCUCUGGCUGGGCAGAUGGAGAAUACCAAUCGAUGUUUUCCCAGAUUUUCCACCAGGGGACUGGACGCAGGCUCGGGCAAACAAACAUGAUCAAUGCAUAGGAGAGGGCUUUCCAAGACUGGAUGCCGACAUGUUUGAUUCUCUUUUAGAAGCGCUUCAGAGAUGGCGUCCGAUCAUUCGAUCGGCAGUCGACGAAGAUGAUUUUGCUGAGGAAGAUCUUAUCAUGUACACAGCUGCCCGUUUUUGCAGACAGAUGAGUUUGGUUCUUCGACGUUCAUCGCAGCCACGUGGCGGCCAUGCCCAAUAUUCCAGCAAAGCGAUCAUCAGCAGUAUUUUUUUCGAGAGGAUGCUAGGAUCCCAUAUGCAUAUCAAAGAUGCAAUUCCAUCGGCGAUGUCAACUAUCUUCCCGAAUUCUGGUCUAUCCGAGCUCUCGCGCCGGGCUGCAUAUCCAAAGGCCUCGACCAUAAGUAGUUCCCACGUGGCUCUUGACAUGGCCUAUAUGGCGAUGAGGCCUCUUCGUUGUCCCGGCGGCCCCAUGCCACAUCCUGUGUAUGCUUGGGCUGACUCGAGCCCGCAGAGUGGCAGAAACUGGUUCAUGAUGAUGGAGCGCUCCGGAGAAAUGGAUCAGAUUCUUGAUGCUGCGAUUGCCUCGGAGUCGCUGGCCAGGAGUCGGCCAGACUGGGAUGAUCACGAGGAGGCGGAGGAAGCGGAUCUGGGCGAGUUUUCAACGCACCACCAAGCUCUGGAAGUGGCCCUCCGGACCCAUGCGUGCGUUCCUGUCGCGCUAGGGUCUGGAAAAACUGGGUUGGAAGACAAAAUCGCGGCCAAGCUACAUGCCGAUAUUAUGGAGAUGCGCUCUCUUGAGAACGUGAGAGAUCAUUUAUCUGCAACAGUGUCAUGGACGACUGACCUUGGCACGGAGAUCAGCAUGCCAACCUUCAGAUCGCUGGACUGGCGAAAGCUACUGCCAGAAUGGAGGCUUGCGGGAUUACUAUCAGCCGACACAGGGUGCGACGACGAUGCGACCGAUGACGUCAUUCAGAGCGUUGCAGACUUGAUGGCCAGGACAGAAAUACAUUGUUCCCAACCCUCGAAGCGAGUGAGGGGCGUGCCGACACGUACCCGAGCAACUAAUGCAUCUCCAAGAAACCGCAACGUUUUUGGGCCAGGGUUUCUGGAAUCGGCCAAAUGGCGUGGCCCGUCAGGGCGACACAUGUGUUCGCAUGGCGUAUCAUUCCUCGGCGUUCGCGUGCAUGUGCGGGCACGCUGGCCCUCUGCGUAUAUGUCGCCAGUGCGUGGCUGCCGCAUGCCCCCUGUGUAA